AUUCCAAGCAGCGGCAACCCCAGUAUAAAGUAUCGUUCGUACCAAUAUAUAUCCAAUUGUACAAAACACAACUCCCUCACCACACAAUGGCCUCCCAAUUCCUCCGGUUCGUUAACCGCCCUCUUCUCCUGUCUAUGCCACUUGCCGCUUCAUUCCUCUUGUUUCGUCCCAAUCCGGCCGUUGUAAUCCACUGCGACUACGCCCCGCGGACUCCUGGCCAGCCAGCCUGGUGCUCUCGCCCUUCCCCCCUUGAGGGAGAUUGCUCCUUCGGUAGCUUGAAUCCACAUACUGUCCGCCAGAUCAGUCUAGGUAGUGUGCUCGGGUUGAUCGCUGGUGUGGGAUUAAGAAUAUUCUCGAGGACCCUGACGUUUACAUUGGGUGUUGCCAUAUUGCUCAUCGAGUGGGCAGCAUCCAAAGGAUACAAUAUCGUCCCCACCAAAUUCCUUCAGCGGUAUGUCAAGUCCGUCGAUGUCCGGCGAGCGGUUACAAAGAACUUGGCUUUUAAAGCAAGUUUCGGGACGACUUUGAUGCUCUCUGCGUUUUCGGAGUUUUAAUAUACGACCAUUUGAAACGGCGUUCGAUAUUAAGAUAAAAAAUAGACUUUACUCCGUAAAUUCUCUAGAAAUCACAAGCAGCCACGUGGCGCGUGCUCCAGGUUGUACAUUGUGGGUAUCAAAUAUAGGUCAAAGACAGGAUAGCACAGGAAAACAUACAGAAUGACGUAUCACUGCUCUAUGACAAGAUCUUCUAGAAUACUCUCCAUCUCCUCUUGAGAAAGAGGGACUCCAAGCAUUUCCGCGCCACUCGAGUCUGUCCGCGAGAUGAUCAUCUGGUGGUCAUAAAAUUCUUUAAGUUGCGUCCGGAACAUCAGUUCCGAGGAAGAGAUGAAUUCUUCAGUAGCCUUGUGGAAUAACGUGCGCCAUUCAAUCGCCGUUUCCCUCCGCUCGUUGCCAGUUUUAUCACGCGGGUCAGUGGUCGCUUGGUCCACCUCGCCUUCUGAAAUAUUUUGAUCUCCUAGCAUAGUGAGAAGCUCUGUAAUAAGGAGACGAUAUAAUUUCCGGGUGUUCUCUGGAAGACUUUUGAGAACAAAGCCGACCCCUUGCUUUCCACCUAUCCGGCGAACUUUGCGGCCAAGGAGGCUGUGGACUUCAUCAACAACGUUGAGCUCCGCAUCAUAUGGAGCAAAGGUCGUGCAAUCAUGAAAAGCGAAAUUAAAUUGAUCUCGGAGCCCGAUAUCCCACAAGAGAAGAAAAUUAGGUGUAUCGGCGGUAGCAACAAUAUUGAUAUGAGGAAGGCUGGCAAGGCGUGCUAGAAGAGUCUGAUGGGCCUGACGGCGUAACGGGGGCGCAUCUAUGGAGUUUAUGAGGACUGUUAUUGGAUGCUUUGGCGGUCUCACGUUGAGAUUGGACUGCAACACAUCCAAGACCUCAGACAGUUGUGUUCCGAGCUUUGUUGGAGCCUCAGGACCCAUGACUGCGCUUAUUAUUGUUGCAAGAAUAGAUCUGAGAGUAACAUUGGUCGCAUAACCAUUCACCACGACAAUAGUAGGAGGGUCGCUAUACCGUUCAUAUAGCCAACCUGCAAAUCGCUGUACAAGAUUUCGCUUAGAGCCAUAUCCAUAUAGGCAUAUAUUAAACCCUUCAAUUAAUUCAAAAUUCCAUUGCGGGAAUGAUCGCUCAUGGAUGUCGACUAGAGCCUCCUUUUCUUUAGACUGUGGGUCAUCCAGUUUCUCCAACUGGUCAAAAUAUUCCUCAUGCG